AUGACUCUCUUCAAUCCGACCUCGAUCCUCGUCGGCUUCCUCCUACUGUAUCUCUCGUCCUUCUUCGUCUUUGCGAUUGUUCGAAUUGCCACCGGAAUCUCGAUCCAGCGCAUCGGCUACUUUUCGCUCCGCCGCAUCGCAUAUGCUCCGAAGGAAGGUCUCCAGAUUGAAAUUCGCGGGCUUGGGUUCUCGCUACAUCCGCCGUCCUUCGCGCAACCGACGUGGAUCAGCAUCCGCCUGACGGACUUGAAAAUCACGUUGGAUACAGCUGCUUUGUCGAAAGGGAAGAGUGAGCCAUCACGAGACUUACUCGGAUCGCCGGACUUGGGGAGCCCGCGGAGUCCAGGUAGCCCGGGGAGCCCGGGAACCCCCUCCAAAGGUCCUGCCACACCGGAAUCGUCUAUCGCACGCAGCAAAACAUGGAGGACAUUGACAAGCAUCAAAGAACGCCUGAAGCGGCUGCACCGACAAAUCAACUGGCUGGCCCUGGUUGAUCUCUCCGCUAUCAAUACCACCAUCCACUUCCUUGAUGCGGGCCAGAUUCAAGUUGGCUCGCUCGCACUUUCAGUGGAUACCCGGAGUAAGAUGGUGGAAAGGGGCAAACUUUUUCGUCGCAAGAAAGAUAUGUCCCGUGAGCAACGCCCCGCCGAGUGGAUUAUGAAUGUUCAAAAUGUCCUGCUCGCGGUGGAGGGUCGAGAACCAACCGAGCUCUUGGAUAACGUUGGUGUCAACAUCCACGGCUUGCUCUAUAAAGACCUCGAUGGCCUCAGGGAUGCGUCAAUCGCACUCAAGAUUGGACGACUUCACAUUCCGUACGAUGACCUACACACGUUACUUCAACGCCUCAAGUCUUCCCAGAAGCUCUCGAAAAUCCCCGUGCUCAAUGAGACUGACGAUGAGAUGUCGUUCGCAGACUUUGUGGAGGAAUUGGACAAGCCUGGCAGCCGAGACGACUCUAUCGUGCAGACUGUGGCCGAUUCGAAGGAGUUCGCGAGCUCUUUACUUCGUGGUAUCCAGGAAAUCCAGGUUGCUCUGAGUUUCUUCCGGCUAUCACGGGGCCUUGAGUCCUUGUCUGCCGGCCAACAUCCCGUUUAUCUGAAUGUGGUAUCCCAUGAGCUUGGAAUUGAUCUUCACCGCAUGGAUCAGAAGAGCCCGGAGCAUCGCAUGUACUUCCAACGCAACGACAUUGCCCACCAAGCAUUACUUGCGGCAAUUUCCUUGUCUGUCAGCUUGGACGAUGACUCUGGUGAAACCAACAACAUUCUCUAUGUUCCCAUGGCUACAACAACGAUCAAAACUACUCUUCCAUCCAAGACCGUCAGUGGAUUUGAGGAGGAGAACCCAGAAGAGCGAAAUUCCAAUGUGCUUUUUGCCAAUUUGGUCAUCACAUCGCCAUCGCUCGACAUGCAGCCUAAACAUGUAUCCCGCUUGUUGAAGUUGGCGCAGGCGCGGGCAUCUUCCCCUCGCGUGAAAAAACGCGAUAAUCAUCAUCUCAUCUCCCGUUUACUUCCAAAGGCCAGCAUCAAACUUUCCGUUCCCGAACCUGUCAUUCGAUUUGUUCUACCUAUUGAAAAAGAGUCCGGUACUCCUGAUGACUACAACCUCUUGAUCUCCUCCAUAUCUUCUAUCUCACUAGAUGUCGAAUCUUCUCACUCGUCUGAGGGCGGCGCCCACUACUCUCUUUCCUCUGUCUAUCGGGUGGCAUCUCACAAGUUUUAUUACCAGACCCCUGCUGGGGACAAACACAACCUCCUCACAACAGAGAACUUGGAACUGAAGUGCCACCUGAACGCAAGCCCCGAGGUUUGUGUCAUUGCUUCAGGUAAUUUGAAUGAUUGCUCUGUUCACAUGAUCAAUGGAGACGUCAAUCGUGGCAUUCGUGAAGUCCUUGAGCAAUUCCGGACCCAUUUGCAGCCACAGAAGAGGGCACCAAUGGCAUUUAACGAACGCAAAUCGAGCCCUCUGAGAAAAAUACCCCCAUGGCUUCUUCAAUUUUCCUUUGAAGCAACUGGAUUCAGUGUGGAGAUUGCAGGAGUUGAUAAACCCGUCUCUGAAAUAUCUCGUGGCGUUUCUUUGCAGUUGCAAUCCUGGAAUGCAGAGUAUAAAGCCCAGAAAACAGAACACAGUGUUGGGAGUAUUGCCAGGCGUCGUACUUCGAGCCACUCUACAAUCGGCGAUGAGUCGCCUUUCCGUUUCACGCCAACCUCGCCUCCUAAGAACACGAGACGUGGUGCCACAGAUGGGAGAAGACUCGCUUUGCAUGCCCGUGGCUUCGAUGGCUUUGUCAUUGAAUCCGAUGACUAUCUGGAACCGGAGCCUUUCUUCUCUCUACCUCGUUUUGAGAUUGCUCUGAGUACCCAUAGUGACCGCCUUGGCCCAGUUCUUCACGUGAACUCCGUCUUUAAGGGAAUAUACCUUCAAUAUUCUCUGUAUCGUUUCUAUUGCUUGGGCGUUGCCGUCUCAGUCAUCCAAGAUGUGCUUACACCCCUACCUCAGGACCGGACCCCUGGCGCCAGCAAGCCAAAAAGCUCGGCGAGCAUUUCAAUGCCACCGCCUCCAUACUCUCCAUCAUCUCCAAAGAAUGAGCUUAUAACAGUAGAUGUGAAAGCCACCCUCGUCCAACUUAAGGCCAGCCUACCAAACGAUCCUCAGAUGAUGGUUCAGAUCUACGGUCUGGCGGGUGGUUCUCAACGACUUUCCACCCCUCAUAUCAAGGCCAAUCUUGUUCGCUUGCACUCGGAAGCGCCCAAGCUGAAAGGCGUUUGGGCCAGAAUUGGUAGCAUGAACAAUGUUCGGCUUGAUUUCCGCAAAAUGAAGCUGAAACAAGGCGCUAAUUUCCACGAGGAGAGAUCUAUUGACUUAUGGGCGGAUUUCAUUCGGUUGGGCGUUCCUCACCAUAUGGUGAUGCAUCGUAUCUUCGACAAUUUGAUUAAUACCUCAAAAGCAUUUAAACAGCUCGCCCAUCGUUUCAAAAACAGAUCUAGAGAAUUUGUUUCUGUUCGGGAGCCCGAGGAGCCGAAGAAGGUCCCAAGGAUCUCGCUUCGCAGCAAAGCCUUGCUCUUUGAACUGGAGGAUGACGCUUUCGAAUGGAAAUUGGGCUGCAUCUAUCGGACUGGUUUGAUUGAACAGGCCCAGCGCUUGGCCCGAGAGGAAGCUUUCUACUUGAAAGCCUCCAAGAUCAAGGAGACAGACCAGAAGCGCGCAUCAUCCCGCCUACGAGCCAAAUCAAGCAACCGAACUCUGCGCAGCGAACGUACUAGCCAAGAUACCCGCCGAAGCCAAAGCGCAGACACACGUCCGAGAAAAGAUGAGCAAACCCGUGGCCGUGGUCGCAAGUUUCGAUAUGACACUGAGGGAGCGACAUGUCUAUCUUCCGAGUACAAAAUUUCUACUGAUGCAGCCUGGAACCGACUUCAGCAGCACAAUGCUCAGGUAUGGAAGGAGAAGAUCGACUCUGCUCUCAAGUUCCAGGGCACGUCUAUCAAAGAGGUGCGGAAUCUGUUUUCUGGUGCAGAUGAGCCCCCUGAGGACGUGAAAGAGACUGAGACUAUCCUUGCCAUUCCAAACCGGCCGGGUCUCAUGUCUGCGCUGAUCAGCGAUGUGAAUCUGGUUAUCGACAAACCAUCCUUCCCGCUCGAUGACUAUCCUACAUUCCUCAAUCGAAUCGGUAAAGGAAUGCCUAUGUCCAUGAAGUAUGGCUUGCUGCUUCCAAUGAGCUUCAACUUGGAAAUGGGCGAAGCACGGGUCAAUCUGCGCGACUAUCCUCUUGAUCUACUUCAUAUUCCAGCAUUGCGCCCGGGGCAAUCUCCCAGGCUUCCUAGUUGGUCACUGCGCACAAAUUUUGUUAUCGCUGAAGAAUUCAGGGACCAUGAGUCGGCGAGACAGGUUGAGGUGGAACUUGUUCCGCCGACUGAAUUACCCGACGGUUCUCACAGUGAUCCAUUCAAUAUCAAGGUCUGGCGGUCUGUGACACCCGUGAAGACGUACUCCGACCCUGUUUUCGAGAUCAAUACCAGCUUACCAACAAGCAUCUCAUGGGGAGUUUCGUACCAGCCAGUGAUCCAGGACAUGAUGAAGAUCAUUGAAGGCUUCACCAAACCCGAAAUUGAUCCGUCCGAGCGUGUCGGCUUCUGGGACAAGAUUCGUCUUAGUUUUCAUUCCCGAAUUCAAGUUCUUUGGAAGGAAGAUGGUGAUGUCCACUUGCGCCUCAAAGGUUCACGCGAUCCAUAUGUGGUGACUGGCUUUGGAAGUGGUUUCGUUAUGUGCUGGCGAAGAGAUGUCAAGUGGGAAAUCCACACGAGUGACGAUCCAAUGGAGUUCAUGAGUGUGACAAGUGGUGAAUAUGUGCUGGCAAUACCUGACUACAGUGCCGAGGCUCGAUGGGCGAAUGAAAUUAAUAUGGAAGAAAUGGAGAGCAGUUCUGCAUCUAGUGAACAGAAGAAUGCUGCACACUUCAAGAAGGUUGUCAUGAAACUCUCAGGCGAUGUCAAAUGGGCCACUGGUCUGGUCUUUGAACGCGAUGUUGAUGCCGACUCGCGAUCGUUUGCAUUUAAGCCUCACUACGAUGUCGUCCUCAAGAACCCAAAGUUUGUUGACCCGGAAGAGCGUGCAAACUACGACGCAUUCCGUGGCUUCCGCAGUGAUCAUAUUCACCUGUCUGUGUCGGUCAUUGCACCGCAGAGCCGAAACUGGACUGUUGAUGAUAUUCAGCCUUCUUCAAGUUACAACACGACACACUUGACUCCUCGAUUCUUCACCCAUUUCUUCAACUGGUGGUCUCUGUUUUCCGGCGUCAUGUCUCUUCCUGUUCGCCAAGGUCCCCUCUUCCCUGGAAUCACUAAAACGAGCAAGAAGUUCAAUCGUCACCUGGCAACUGUCAAGUAUAAACUUCUACUCGCUCCUCUAUUUGUGGCACACAUGUACAAGCAUAAGGACCGUGAGGACUAUGAAGAGAAUGUUGUCACUGCUACAGGUCUCAAGGUGCGGCUUGACAGCCUCAAGCUCGAUAUUCACCAGCGUCGCGAACAAAUAAAGACGCAGACUCGAGGCCGUUCUAAGCAGACUAAGACAAGCGCAAUGCGUAUCAAUCAGGCUUUGAUUGACUUGCAAUCUGCUGACUUCCGAGCCGUCUCUGCCAGUAUCGAAGGCACGACAGCCGAGGACAUUGAGAAGAACCGUGAUGAUAUCAUCUCUUCUUUCCAGCAACCUGUGCCUUCUGUUGAUCUAUCAAGAUUCACCAUUCCUGACCAGAACUUGGACUGGAUUGAUAUGGAUGAUUUUGUGGAGCCGGAUUGGAUUCUCCCUCAAGAGUCAAACCCCCGAACCCAGAUUCUCCCGCUUGCCUUCACUCCGCGAUUCACUUACUUCCGCCAAACUGAUCAUGGGGAAAUUGGAUCCGAAGAAACAGGCUAUAGUACUUUUGGAAACGAACCUACUCAUGAUUGUGUCAUGUCUGAAACCAAUGAUCCGCGCCGUGUUCAAAUCGAAUUGACUAAAGACCGCCUCGCUACAGUCGAAGCUCAAAUCCGGAAUUACGAGCGUACCAUUGGCGAGCAAGAGUUGAAGUUGAUGAAUGAUGUUGACGAUGACGCAAGCCUCAAGGAUCAGCAUGAAGUCUAUCGUCGCCAGGCCGACUCUCUUGCGAGACGACGGAGGUUCUUGACGUCCACAUUGCAACGGCUUGAAAGGCACCUGGCCCGCGAGGAACGGACUCCCACCAGUGCCAAGUCGAACAUUAACAUUGCUGAGAGUGAAACCUCAUCCCGAAUGGGUCAGGAUGGGGAUUCGACUGCCGACGGGCGUACGUCUGGCCUCGACGGGCUGUAUUCUUCUGCCGCCGAUGACUUCUCCAGCGACUUUAACAAUCGCUUCAUGAUUCACAAUGUGCAAUUGAAGUGGAACAACUCUCUCCGGAAUAUCAUUUUGCGCUACAGCCACCAAGUCAGCCAGCGUCGUGGUUUCGUUUAUUACAUGUCUCGACGUGCGGUCAAAUUCAUCCUUGACAUCGUGGAAGAACAGAACAAGAACAAAAGAAAGAACCCGAAGAUGUCCAAAUCACAGACACGCAGCGACAAUGAUGAUGAGAAUGUUGAGGACCGCAUUGAGCAGUUGCUGAACGAUGCCAAGCGCUUUGUGAACGCCGAGGAGUCUGAGGCUUCCGAUUCAAAUAACCCGUCACCUACAAAAUCUGACGACUCCAGCGAAAAUAUCGCCCCAGAGUUCACGCCCCAGAACAGUUAUUACUUGCGUCUUAUUGCACCUCAGAUCCAGCUUUUGAGUGAAAAGAACCGCAAGUCCGUCUUGCUGGUGGCCGCUAAAGGCAUGGAGCUCAAGGUUGUGUCAAUUAUGGAUAAGGAGCGUGUUUCGGACGAUGUCAGCGGCUUAGUCCAACGGCGCUUUUCUCUCGAGAUGGACGGGGCCCAGUUCUUUGUUGCAACGCAGAAGAAUCUCAUGGCGAACUUGCAGUUCUAUGCUGGCAACAAGUACGGCAAUGCACCGGGAUCUGCGUGGCCUCCUUGGUUGACCCUGGAGGCCAUGUUCGACUUUGAGCUCAACCCAUUUGGAUUCUCGCGUAUCGUUCAGAAGACCUCUGCUACUCUCCGAUAUGACAAGUACAACAACCUUCGUCUGAAGUACAACGAGGAGGUAGCCAAGGGCCACCAAGGCCCACACCCUGGAGGUGACGAAACCCGAAUCGAUCAAAUCAGCGUCGACUUCCCCCAUUUCCGUGCCAUCUGUGAUUCUGCCGAGUACUACUCCAUGUACAUCAUCGUCUUGGACCUCAUGCUCUACAGUGAACCGCUCGAAAAGGUCCGCAAUGAGCGCUUGGAGAAGAUUAUGCUCACCUCCGAUUUCAGCGAUCUUCGUGGCGCCCCCGAAGCGGUGUUCAAGUUACAAGCACGUAUUCGACAGCUGGAGGAGAUCAAAGAAUAUUUCCAGAUAAAUGCCAAAUACCUGGAUAAGGAGGGCUGGGAAGAUCGGUUGACUCUUGAGCGUGACUUAUCUCAAUGUGAGGAUGAGCUCUUCUUCAUGAUGAAAGCUAUUACAACUUCCCAAAGACGAGCCGACCCUAGCUCUUCCAAGACAAAUGGAGUCCUGCGAUGGAGUAUUUCCGCGUCAGAGGUUGUCUGGCAUUUGAUGAAGGAGGCCUCUGCCCCGCUGGUCGAGUUUCAGCUCAAGAAUGCCCAGUAUGAACGGACCGACAAUUCCGACGGCUCCAACCACAAUCUCGUCGCUGUUGAGAACUUGAGUGGCCUAAACCUCCUUCCUGAUGCUAUCUAUCCUCAGAUCAUUGCACCGUAUCUCGACCAGCCGCGUCCUUUGGAUGAUUGCAUUCUCCGCGUUAAAUGGCAUAUGCUCGAGGCUGUCGCCGGUAUCCCUGUGGUCGACAAUUUCGAGGUAUCGCUGUUUCCGCUCAAGAUUCAACUGGAGCGGGAACUUGGGCAAAGGCUGUUUGAGUACAUUUUCCCGAAUAUGGGCUCUGGGGCCUUUGAAAGUGGCGGUUUCUCUCCUUUCAUGAUUAAGAACAUGAAGCCAAUCGAUGCUUCCGAUGACGAAGACGAUGAAGGUGAUAUAUCAAGUAACAACUCACCAAUGACCCAAUCGUUGCGCACUGACGAUGACAACGUCUCAAUGGAAGACUUGCAAGGAACCAAGGGCCCUGGGUCGAUUGAACUGAGACUUCAGCCAACUCUGUCUCUUUCUGAGGAGAGCAAGUCCAGUCGACGUUCGACUCAUCUCAAGGGUCUGGCCAUGACUCCUAUCCACCGGAGCAACACCAGCCGUUUGGGAGUACCCGAAAACACUAGAGGGCUGCCCCGGCCUUCGACUACUGGUGCUUUGACAAAGAAGCGAUCUGUGGAUAGCAUCCGCAUGUUGUCGAAGCAGCCUACGGACAGAUCUUUAUCUAGUACAAGCACCGAGGAAAAGAAGAAGUUCGGUCUAAGCAAGGGCCGCGAUAAGUCAAAGGAGCCUACCGAUGACUUGUCGCAAAUGAUGUCCCGAGCCUCCAACUACAUGACCUUGGCCCGUGUCAAGGUGCAUGAUGUGGUUCUCUGCAUGAGCUACAAAGGAAAAGGCGAACACAACCUCGAGGAUCUCCACGGGUUUGUCUUCCGUCUUCCCGUUCUAGAGUAUGGCAACAAGACAUGGUCGAACCUCGAUCUUGCCUUACGCUUGAAGAAGGACGUUAUCAAGGCUCUUAUUUCUCAUGCGCCAGCCAUUCUCGGCAACAAAUUCUCGCAUCACCGUCCUUCGAAACAACAGCAGAAGCGUUAUCGCGAACUAGCAUCCUCGUCUCAGCUUCUGCCUAGUGCGAGCAACCUUCCUUCUGAGCGGAGCCAAGCCUCAAGUCUGAAUAGCUUUGACUCGAACAGCGAGUACUCUGAGUCUCGCUCGCGCAAGUCUAUGCAGUCGAAUGCCUCACCGUUAGCUCGAUCAGUGUCUCUCAGCUCGGACAUGCGUGACCCGCAAGAAUAUGAUCCCCCAAUUAGCGAUUCUCGGUCUGCAAGUGAAGUGGACGUGGACUCUCGCUGGGAGGAAUCUCGCCGCUUUGUCAAUGCACCUGUCCGACCCAUGACUUCUGGUAAUACUGUUACCACCAUCACCGCAGCCAAUGGGGACGAACAGGAUGAUAGCCACAAGCGAACCAUCCGCAACUUUGGCCGCAAGCUGAUGAACCGCAAGUGA